UUGAGCAGGAGGACAGGGGGGGGGGGGGGGGGGAAGGAGGAGGUGGGCGCCAGGUAAGUUCAGCCAGCUUCUCCCCGAAACGAAACCCGUCGGUUUUUCAACUGAGGCUUGUUUAAGAAAGAAGGCAAGAGAAAGGGGGAGGGUGCACCUUCACGAACAUUUGGUAGUUGAGAGUGAAGCCUUAGUCGAGGUGAAAUUUUGCCCGGAGAGCGCACGAAAUUGACCGACUUUGUGGAAGGGGAUUUCUUAAUUUUUUUUUUAAAAAUAUAAUAUCUUUAAGGGCGGCGUUUCAUUUCUCAGCGAUGCAGCAGUUCAGAAGCGGAGUUGUGCAGGAGAGUUGCUCGGUAGGAAUUGUCCGAUUUGAGGUGGUAUGUGUGUGAGAGAGAGACUGAGAGAGAGAGCUGGAGAAAGAUUCAGGACCCAUCUUUUCCAGAGUGUGCAGUAAUAUCUCAGCAGGUGGAAUAAAACAAAUGGAGAGGGAGAAACAAUUCCAUGGAGCUACAUUUGUGUGUCUCCAAGAGAGAGAGAGAGGUGGAGGUACAUUUGUAUGUCUGCCAGAGAGGUGAAGGCAGACUGGUGAAACAAUUCCAGAGAGCUACAUUUGUGUAUCUGCCAAAGAGAGGGGUGAAUGUGCACUGGAGAAACAAGAGCUACAUUUGUGUGUCUGCCAGAGAGAGGGGGGUGAAGGUACACUGGUGAAACAAGAGCUACAUUUGUGUGUCUGCCAGAGGUGGGUUGGAGAAACAAUUCCAGGAGCUACAUUUGCAUGCAUCUCUCGCUCUCUUUCUCUUUGCCUUUUUUUUAUUUCUCUCUUUGUUUUAAUCCAGGUUUAUAUAUUUUUUAUUAUUAUUUUGUUAACCCCCAGUGUCCUCACUGCGGGUCCGGUCCGGUCCGUCUCCAUGUGCCAUCGAUGGGAAAUCAAAUCGACCGGAUCACCCACCUGAAUUACAGCGAGCUGCCCACCGGGGACCCCUCGGGCUUGGAGAAGGACGAGCUGAGGGUGGGGGUCGCUUACUUUUUCUCGGACGAGGAGGAUGAGGGGGACGAGCGGGCGGCGGCGGCGGCGGCGGCGGCGGGGCCACCAGCGCCGGCAGGGGCGGCGGAGCUGCAGCGGAUGGAGUCGAGCGGCGCCGGGGCUGAGGUGGCGCCGCAGGUGCCUGCAGGGGGCGGUGUCGCCGGAGAGCUGGAGUACUCGGCGUUCUGCCGCCAGGAGUGCAUCUUCUCGAAGCUGAGCGGCAACCAGGACCUGCAGGUGCACUCCCUCAACGCGCUGCUGCCCCGCUGCCGGGCCGGCGACCUGUUGGAGCUCACCGCCCACGGCCAGGCCGCCCACUGGGCCGUCUACGUGGGCGGCGACCAGGUGGUCCACCUGCAGCACCAGGAGAUCCGGCUCGACCACUUGGCCGAGGUCGGGGCGGCGGCGGCGGCGGGAGGAGGAGGCGGCGGCAGGGCAGGCCGCAUCGUCAACACCUGGUACCGGUACCGGGCCCUGCCGCCCGAGCUGGUGGUGCAGAACGCCCGCGGCCACCUCGGCCUCAAGGGCCGCGACAUCUGCUGGACCGACUCCGAGAGCUUCGCCGCCUGGUGCCGCUUCGGCAAGCGGGAGUUCAAGGCGGGCGGCGAGGUGCCAGGCGGCGGCGGCGGCGGAGGGGGCGAUCGCCGCUACUUCCUCAAGCUGCACCUCUCGGACAACUGGGUGCACACGCUCAACUUCGCCAGCCUGCAAGAUCUGAUCAGGGAAAAGCGCCGGAAAGACGCCUGCGGGAAAAUACGAGUGCUCAAGGAGCUGUCCAUACUGAACCACAAGUAGCACACACUCCCUGGUUUCCCACUCUCCCCCUCAUCUGUCUCUUCAUUUCUCUUCCUCCCCUCUGCCUGUUUAUAUUUCCCUCCCCAACUCUCUGCUAUAAUUUCUCAUCUUAUCCAUACCUCCUCUCUCUGCCUCUAUUAUUCCUCAUCUUUCCCUAUUUCUCCUCUCU